CAUACAUCCAGUUCUUACAAUUCGAAUCAACACUAUCACACUUUCAUAUAUCGUCACUGUAGGUACUUCACAGUCGCUCAAAAAUCGAUUUCCCUCCCGCGGGCAGCUCUGAACCUUGCACCUCGCUCAAAAAUCAAUCCCCUCCAAAAAAAUUGAGGAGGAGAACGAAAACUUAAAGCGAAGCUAAGGCAUUUGAAUCGUCGAGAAGGUAGCGAAAAUGGUGGCAUCGCAGGUUGUGAACACGUACCCUCUAUCGAGCUACACUUUCGGCACAAAAGAGCCGAAAAUGGAGAAAGACACCUCCGUGGCCGAUCGCCUCGCCCGCAUGAAAGUCAACUACAUGAAGGAAGGUAUGAGGACCAGUGUCGAGGCGAUUCUGUUGGUUCAAGAGCAUAAUCACCCCCAUAUUCUUCUUUUGCAAAUUGGAAAUACAUUCUGUAAACUCCCAGGCGGCAGGUUGAAGCCAGGCGAGAAUGAAGUCGAGGGUUUGAAAAGGAAACUAUCAAGCAAACUUGCUGCUAAUUCUCCAUCUCUUCAGCCAGACUGGCAGAUUGGCGAUUGUGUGGCGAUGUGGUGGAGACCGAAUUUUGAAACCAUCUUGUAUCCUUAUUCCCCUCCGCACAUAACAAAACCUAAGGAAUGCAAGAAGCUCUUCCUUGUUCACCUGUCCGAACGCGAGUAUUUUGCUGUCCCAAAGAACUUGAAGCUCCUCGCUGUGCCAUUGUUCGAACUAUAUGACAAUGUUCAGAGAUAUGGACCUGUUAUAUCUACCAUUCCUCAGCAGCUAUCGAGGUUUCAGUUUAACAUGAUCCAUCCUUAAUACUCAUCAGGGGCUAAAAACUGAAACCAAUCGAAAAAAAUGAAAGUGACUAAUUAUCUUGUGUCGUUGAAGUUUGCCGGGACUCGGAUUCUCGAGGAUGAGCAGUCGAACGAACUAUGCUUCUUAUCGUAAUAUUUCUCUCUUAAAGUGGAUGAGACCCUGGUUAAACGUGCCUUCUAUUUUUAAUAUUUGCUAAAACUACUGAUCAAUCCCGUUUGAAUUUGGGUGGAGUUUUUUCGGAAAAGGCUAAAUUGAAAGUACAAUGUUUGAGUUGCCAAGUUCCUUUUUUAAGUCGAUGAUCAUGUGUUUUUGUAUUGGAUUAUGUGCUGUGAUGUAACACAAUUAGAGCUGUUCUAGGCACAAAAGAUAUGGCUUCUGAUUUUCUCAUGUAACAAAAUUAGAAUUUGGCGUAGUUGCUGGUUUAUGCUCGUUCAUUAGUUAAAUGACCUAUAGCUUUCUUGAAAUUUCUGUAGUAUAAAUUAAAUGUUACGGCUUUGUUAAGAUGUGAGAAAAGAUUAGUAAAGAUUAGUUCUGUUUAUCUUUUUUUUUUUUAUUUCUUUUC